CCAGUGCAGAGUUUUGGUGAUUUGGACGUUGUAAUUUUCAAUUUUAAUCCUCGUUCAUUAAACGUUUUAGAAAUUUCAAACCAUGGCAGAUGACAUAGAUGAUUUAUUAGACGAGUGCGAUGAUUUAUUAGACAAGAGUCGCAGUUCAAUUAAACCCAAGCAGAAACCUUCAAGCAAAAACAUCUCCAGCUCAAAGAAGGCGACGAGAAACGAAGACAAAAACUUGAGAAGUUCACAGGUGAAAAAUACUGAUCGGGAAUUACACGAUAUGAUCCUAGAGUGUAUGGACGACGGACCUGACAUUCCUGAACCAAGUGAUGAGCCUGCAACACAUGUGUCUUUAAAUAAAAAAGAUUUAACUUCAUCACGAAAGCGGUGUGUAAAAGUUUUCCUCGGUGGUUCCAAAUUUGCAAAAGGACUUUGCACUGGGUCAGAAGAAAGGGCUUGUGACAAGUUACGCUGUACCUCAUGUGAUUUCAGUGUUGUUAUCCUUAAUGAUUAUGAAUGGCAAAAAGAUUGUGACUAUUUAUUCUUCAGAAACAAUAUUCCAGACUUUGAGAAGCUUAAAAGCAAGCUAACAAGGAAAAGAGGUUGUUGUGCUUAUGCCUGUCAGUGUUCAUGGAGAUCUGUUGUACAAUUGACUGAAGUUUGGUUGGGAGAUUCAGAACUUAAAUGGGUCUGUGGAAGGCACAGCUGACAGAUUUCUCAAGCGAUCACAUUCAUGAUCAUGUGUAGAGAGCACUGGACACUUAUUUAACAUUUGUUAAUUUUAAUUGCAAAGUUGUUUUCUUGUACAUAAGUGUAUAGUUUUACUCCAAAAGAAAGUAGACCGAAGUAGUUUCAAUUCCCUUUCAGUCAGGUAGUUAACUUGUAAAAAUAUGGGAGUAAAACUGUUAAAAUAAAAUAUUUAAGAGAAAUCACAGUGUGAGCUUGGGCUGCCUGUGGAGAAAUAAACAAAACAACAGGGGUUUAAGAUGUGAUUUAUUUUGUGGUAACAGUGAACUACUGUUUUCCCCUCCCUGGCAUGGUCACAUGCAACCACUGCCACUUUUCUCCACACUUGAAAACAUAGUUUGUUCGUUCUCUGUGGUUCUGCACCAGAUCUCUCGAUUUGCCACUUCUUCCCUUUUCUUCCAAAGCCAAGGGUCUUGGGGUGUUAGCUGAUAUCCAUUCUGAGGAAGUGGCCAAUGAACCUCUAGCACUGAUGAUGAGAGCCUGAUUGCACAUCUCUUUAUUGGUUACUUUUGUAUGCCAGUAUAUCUUUAUACACCUAAGUUCUCAAACUGCUGUGUAGGAAUACAUGAAACUUGGUCAUAUAAAUUUGUUCUUGGUCAUACACCACAUUUCACAUCAAAAAUCUAUACACAGAGCAAAUGCACUGGGCCAGGAACUUGCUUUCAACAACCGAGCACAUAGAAGUUUGUCCUUGUUCAUCCCAGGGAAUGGCCCAAAUUGAAUAGCUGUUAAUACUAACAGUUAUCAGUGGUUUGACAUACAAACAAGGCGAAAGGGAUAAUUGAAGGGGUGCGUGGAAAAAGCCUUAAGUGACUCUUGAUCUCUUGUCAAAUUCUCCUUUUUUCGUAGAAGGAAGCGGAGAGCAAUUUAGAAGAAUCUUGCCGUCUAUCAGAUGUCACUUAGGCUCUUUUUCCAUGCCACCCUUCAAUUCUGCGUUGUAUUGACCAGUUUGCCUUGUUUGACAAUGUAUGCCUUUUUAAACAGAAGAAUAUUUGACUACAGACUCAACUGUAACAACAGUUAUUAGGCCAGGAAUUAUAAGUUGGGAAAUAGCAAUGCACAAAGAGAUUCCACAUUGCCGUGGGUCUUUCCAGUAAUAGAUUACAGAUGGGGUUGAGACCCUGUUAGGGGUAAAUUCCGACAAGCGACAUGGCCUUGAAAAGGCGACAUGAGAGCUAUGAAUUGGCGACGAACGACAGACUACUC